CCGCGGAUUUUCGAAUCGUCCUCUUCUCCCGAUAGUCGAUUGUUUGCCCCGGCAUCGCAGCGACAAUAUCCCGGCCGCGAGUCGCGUGUCAUUAGACGGUUGUCUUUCGCGCGAUCAACAAGUGUCAGCGUCGCGUCGCCCCCCGCAGGGUUCCAAGCCCCCCUUUGGUGCCACCCCUACCGCGACCCGUUGCGAGUAAAGGCCCCCUUUCAUGCCGUUAGCGGGACGAGCUCGAAGGACCAAAGAACGCAAAGUCAAGUUCAGACCAGACCCCCUGUAUUUUUGCGAAGAUGAAUUUCCACAUACCACCUGAGACGAGAAAGAAGUACUCCCUGGAACUGUCCAGUUUGACGGACCUUUUCAAGCCUUUGCCGUUGGAAAGGAAGGCCUCGGUUCGCAGUUUCUACUGGAACAUAGUGGACGAUGCGAUCGAGGAGGGUGAAGACCGCGGCCCGGACAUGACCGCGGGGUACGACAACAACAGUGCCGCCACCAACGGCACGCCAGGGAAGAAGAACGACGAUGGCGUGUUCACAUUGUCCGUCACGGGAGCCUACGAGAACGAAGGAUACAAGGGAGAUGGAGGAGACAACCCCCCGAUCAAACCGCCCAGGGAGCUCACAGACGAGGAGGCCUCCCAACAGGGCAAAUUCAAAAUGUCCACCAAAGAGAAGUGGCGAAUCUUGAAAAACGUAACGGCGAUAAGUUGCGCUUUCAUGAUCCAGUUCACAGCUUUCCAGGGCACUGCGAAUCUCCAAUCUAGUAUUAACGCCAAAGACGGUUUAGGUACCUUAUCACUUAGUUCAAUCUUCGCUGCCUUGGUAGUGAGCUGUAUUUUCGUUCCCUCCUUCCUCAUCAAGAGGCUCACAGUCAAAUGGACGCUGUGCGUCUCCAUGUUGUGCUACGCCCCCUAUAUAGCCUCUCAAUUUUAUCCUAGAUUUUACACGUUGAUCCCAUGUGGUAUCAUCGUGGGUAUAGGCGCGGCGCCCAUGUGGGCUUCAAAGGCCACCUAUUUGACGCAAGUGGCGGGUGUCUACGCCAAAUUGACAGACCAGCCGGUGGACGCCAUCAUCGUGCGGUUCUUCGGCUUCUUCUUCCUGGCCUGGCAGACCGCAGAACUGUGGGGAAACCUGAUCUCUUCUCUUGUACUUAGCAAUCCUCACGGAACCGAUUCUAGUCACGGCAACACUACCAACUACGACAUGUGCGGCGCCAACUUCUGCGCAUCGGUCGGCAACAGCGAGGAAGAUACCGGCGUUGCCAACACCGAAAUCUACGAGAUCAUGAGCAUCUACUUGGCCUGCAUCAUGCUGGCAGUAUUGUUAAUCGUAGUCCUAGUUGAUCCUCUGUCCAGAUAUGGAGAGAGGCAAAGAAGAAACAGCGCUCCCGAAAUCAGCGGCAUCCAGCUUCUCUCAGCUACGGCCUACCAACUGAAAAAACCCUACCAACAAUUGCUCAUACCCAUCACGAUAUACAUCGGUGUGGAGCAAGCCUUCAUAAGUGCUGACUUCACACAAUCUUACGUUUCCUGUGCCUUAGGUGUCCAAAAUGUCGGCUUCGUCAUGAUCUGCUUCGGCGUGGUCAACGCCAUCUGCAGUUUGCUCUUCGGCAGCGUGAUGAAGUACGUGGGUAGGGUGCCCAUCAUGAUCCUGGGAGUAUGUGUCCACGCAGGACUCCAAGUGUGGCUGCUCAUCUGGAGACCGCAUCCUGCCACACCACUCUCGUUCUUCAUGGCCUCCGGUCUGUGGGGUGUCGGCGACGCUGUCUGGCAGACACAAGUCAACGGUCUGUACGGCGCCCUCUUCAGGCGAAACAAAGAGGCCGCCUUCUCCAACUACCGUCUCUGGGAAUCCGUAGGUUUCGUCGUGGCCUACGCCUACUCCACGCACCUCUGCGCGCGCAUGAAGCUCUACGUCCAGCUGGCCAUCCUCGUGUUCGGCUUCCUGCUCUACUGCGUGGUGGAGAUCCACCACCUGCGCAAAGUCAAGAGGCAGAAGGCCAAGGAGAAGAAGGCGGCGGAACUGGCCGCCAGCAAGCAGGCGGCCGCGGCGGCCGCCAUCGAGGCCGAACCGGAAACGACGGACGACGAGAAAGACGACAUCGACGACGAGAUCAUCGUCACGCAUUUGUAGACUACGUAUUUAUUAGGCAUUCCAUAUGGAUAUUAGGAUUCAGUAAUAAUUCGCUUGAGCUAAACGUAAGGUGGUGUCCUUUGUUGUCCCGGGGCCAGUGCAUGCGCAUGUCCAGUCCACACAUCAUCAUCAAGAUCGAGGCGUGACCUUAAAAUAAAAACAAAAAACAGUAUUUCUUUACACGAUAUAGGAUCAGUUAUAUAUUUUUUUCUUUUGUUGUAUAUAUAAAUAGUUAUUAGCCGUUAGGGGGCAGUACCGUAGCCAUUUUUUUUGUUGUUGUUUUUAUCCUGCAUGUUUCUGGAUAGAAAAAAAACUGUAAUCAAACAUAUAACAUGUACGUCUGUCUGUGAUGCUAAAAUGAAUUUAUUUACAAGAAAAAAAGUGUAGAAAAUAAAGAACGAAAACACCGA